AUGUUCACCGGAAUCGUCGAGACGGUUGGCAGUAUGUCUCAUUCAUUCCCGCAACGGACUAUUCGGAAACGCUGGACUGACAACCUCGGCCAGCCGUCUCCAAACUAGUCCAGCUCGAUGAAACCUCCAGCGGCGGCGGAGGGACUUCCCUCACCAUCAGCGACUGCGCCGAAAUUCUCGACGAUUGCCAUCUGGGUGACAGUAUCAGCGUCAACGGAACGUGUCUGACCGUGACGGAAUUCGAGAAGAAUUCGUUCAAGGUCGGUGUAGCGCCGGAGACGCUACGACGCACGAAUCUAGGGGUGUUGAAAGAGGGCAGCGGCGUCAACCUCGAGCGGGCUGUGAGUGGGAGUACGCGCAUGGGAGGCCAUUUCGUGCAGGGACAUGUGGAUACCGUUGCGAUUAUCGCGGAGACGAGGCCGGAUGGGAAUGCGAUUACCUUUCGCUUGCAGCCGAGGGAUAAGAGUGUGUUGAGAUAUGUGGUGGAGAAGGGAUACGUGACGCUCGAUGGGGCGUCGCUUACGAUAACUGCGGUGAAUGACGAGGAAGGUUGGUGGGAGGUCAUGCUCAUUGCGUAUACUCAGGAGAAGGUGGUAAUGGCAAAGAAGAAGGCCGGGGAAGAUGUGAACGUGGAGGUGGAUAUGGUGGGCAAGUAUGUCGAAAAGAGCGUCGCGGCCUACUUCGAUUGCAACGCUGGCAGCGGCGGUGCCAUGCUCGAGAAGAUGGUGCAGAAGAUGGUCGCUGAGAGAUUGAAGACUGCAAGGUAG